AAAAAUAUUUUAACCGGCUAUAAACAGAGUUGGCAAAGGAACAGAGCUGGAGUGCGCUUUGAAGAGAUUAUUUUGUUAUUCCAAAGUUCCCCAGGUUUUCCGGCAAAGGAAAGUCUAAAAAUGAAUGCACAAUUAAAAUCAGAUCUGGAAAAUGCCCGCCAAUGUUUGUUGGACACAUAUAACUUGGCGUUAACCUUUGGUGGCCCUGAUACUCAAGAUGUUGAAUCCUAUCUGAAUUUAGCCGCGGAUCUAUCUGUCAUCAGUGAACAGUUCAAGCGCCACGAAGCAAGCUUGGAACUUGCCAAGGAAACGAGAACAAUGAAAGAAUUUGUUGAUGAAUACAAGAGGCAACAACAAAAUUUGGAAAAGAAAAAAUGUAAUGCCAAAAAUACAUCAGAAUUUAAAAACUUCCGCCAACAACUUAUGCAAAUGAAAAGUUUACAAGAUGAGGCAAGUGCAUCAGGCAGAGGAGCUAGUCGAGUUGAAUGUGAUGAAUUCGUUAUGGAAAGUGAAAUUAAUGUAUACGAUCCGAUAACGAAACAACGAAUGGCAAAUCCGGUCAAGAAUACCUUGUGUGGUCAUCAUUAUGAAAAAUGUUACAUUUUGGAGGCUAUAAGUGUAAACAAGCGCUUGCGUUGUCCAGUUGCUGGUUGUGGAAAUAAACAGUUUGUUCAACAACAGCAUUUGGUUGAUGAUAACUUGUUCAAGGUACGUCUACAAAAAUUAGCCGAACAGCAGGAGUCGGAAGAAGAAGAAUAGAGAUGAAAACUGUUAUAGCUGCACAUUGAAUUUGCCUACAAUUUCACUUACAUUUAUAAAAUAAAAUGUGUUUUAAAUAAAAAUGUUGAAUUUUUAACAAAUUUCUUAGAAAAUCCAUUGAGGCCAUUGUGUUUAAUCUUUUUAUAGCAUA